CUCCACGUUGACUUGACUCCUGUUCGCCCUUUCUGAGGAGGAGACGAGAAGGAAAGCCAAAGCCCUCUUCCUUGUUUGCCGUGUCUGAUCAGAGCAAGGAGGAAACCGAGGUUGUGCAAUGGCGAGCGCUUUCCUCUCUUCCAUCCUAUCAAAAACCAGCCAAGUAUUGGGCUGUGUUCGCAGUUGGGCAGUCUCGCCGUCUUCAUCAUCGGAUCCACGCAGCAGUGUCUUGGAAGAUCUGAAGGAGCUGGAGAGAACAUUGGAGAGGAUCCGAGCAGUGCUCCAUGACGCGGAGGAGAGGGAGAUACGAGACAAAUCCGUCAAGCUCUGGCUGAAGGAGCUUAAAGAAGUGGCUUAUGAAGCAGACGACGUGCUGGACGAGUACCAGUACGAGGUACUGCGAGCCCAAGGGGAAAGCCGAACUUCCCGCAAGAGGAAGCGAGUGGAAGGGGACGAUGAGGAACAGGUUUCAAUUCCGGACGGCAUGGGGGAUAGAAUCAGAAAGAUCAGGGAGAGGUUCGAUAAGAUCUCGCAGGAUCGAGAAAACCUCCAUUUAAGAGAGGAAGAUGGAGAGCGACGAGUCCUCGAAGCUCCGUACCCAGCACCAACCAGCCACAAGGUGGAUGAGUCGAGUAUUUAUGGAAGGGAACACGACAAGCAGGCGAUAAUUGACUUGCUGUUUUCAGAGGGUGUGGGACAUGGUAUCUCCGUCGUUCCGAUUGUCGGCAAGGGAGGACUGGGAAAAACCACCAUCGCUCAGCUGGUCUAUAAUGAUCCCAAGGUAAAACAAUAUUUCAAUCUAACCGGAUGGGUUUGUGUAUCUGAUGAUUUCGAUGUUAAAAGGCUAACAAAGGACAUCAUUGAGUGUAUUACUCAAAAUUCAUGUCAUCUUGCACAACUAAGCACACUUCAAGAUACUCUCGAGGAAAAGCUGAAGGGGAAGAGAGUGUUGCUCGUGCUCGACGACGUCUGGAAUGAUCAGCAAAGCCAUUGGGAGAGAGUGUUGCUUCCCUUCAUUGGUGCAGAAAUAGUAAGAAUUAUUGUGACCUGUAGGAAUGAUUCGGUCGCUGAGAUCAUGCAGACAGUGCAUCCUUAUCAUCCUCGCUGCUUGUCUCCAGAGCAAUCUUGGGCAUUAUUCAGGCAUUAUGCAUUCCAUGGUCGAGAACCUGAAGAACAACCACGCUUGUUGAAUAUGGGUAAGCAGAUUGUCGAGAAGUGUUCCGGCUUACCAUUGGCUGUGAAGUCAAUAGGAAGCCUUCUGAGAUACACGACAGAUGAAGAUAGCUGGAUGGAUGUCAUACAAAGUGACAUAUGGGAAGUCGACGAGAAUAAUAAGAUUUUGCCAGCUCUUAGAUUAAGCUAUAGCCGCAUGCCAGCACAUCUAAAACCUUGUUUCGUUUAUUGUUCCAUGUUUCCCAAGGAUUAUGAGUUUGACAAAGGUGAAUUAGUCCGAUUGUGGAUGGCGCAAGCUUACAUCCAGACAUGUGGAGGUAGAAGAAGAACGGAAGACAUUGGCAGUGAAUACUUCAAUGACUUGCAAAGAAGAUCGUUCUUUGAUUCCUAUUGGUCUAAGUUUAAGAUGCAUAAUAUGAUACAUGAUCUAGCGAAAUCUAUUGCGGUAAAUGAGUGCUGGGCAAUUGUGGAUAAGAAGCUGCCCAAUCACCCUGAUGAGGUUCGCCAUUUAUAUGUGAAAGCUGAUGAAAAGGAAUUUGGGAAAUCACUGUGCUCGUAUAAUCUUAGGGCUUUACGGACCCUGUUAAUACAGCAUCAGCUUAGAUUUCCAAUAGCAAUCCAAGAAUUAAUCAAGUUUCUGUUGCUACUAAGAUGUUUACGGACUCUAGAAUUUUGUUGGGAAAGGGAAGAUGAGAUCCCAGAUUUACUCGGUAACCUAAAGCACCUGCGCUACUUACGUAUCACAUCCAACAAAAUUGAGAAGCUCCCUGAAUCAAUAUGCCUCCUUUAUCACCUACAAACAUUGGUACUUGAUUGCCCGCAUCUUGCAAAGUUACCAGAUGACUUAGGCAACCUUACCAACCUACGAUACUUAAAUAUCACAUCCAACAAAAUUGAGAAGCUCCCUGAAUCAAUAUGCCUCCUUUAUCACCUACAGACAUUGGUACUUGAUUGCCGGAAUCUUGCAGAGUUACCGGAUGGCCUAGGCAACCUUACUAACCUUCACCACCUACAAAUUGUGAACCGGGUAAAUCUCUGCCUACCAGCUAGGAUCGGAAAACUAGCAAAUCUUCAGAACUUGCUUGGAAGUUAUAAAGUGCAGGGUGGGAUAGGAGGAGUGCUAAAGGACUUGGUGAAUCUCCAAGGAUUUCUCAGCAUCUCAGGGCUCAGGAACUUGGUCAACAUAGAGCAUGUCAGGGAUGCCGAUCUUAAACAUAAGCAUAAACUUGAGAAGUUGUUUCUACAUUGGAAAGCGGUCGACUGCAAAAAUGAUAUGCGUCAUAACAGAUUGCUACAUCUAGAAUCUUUUCCAGAGAAAAAUAAGGAUGUCCCAGCAGAUGAAAAAAGAGAGGAAGCCAUGCUCAAGUAUCUCCAACCUCAUGCCAACCUUAAAGUUUUGUCUAUAAAAGGGUAUAGUGGUUCCAAGUUUCCAGAAUGGGUGGGAAAUCCUUUCUCCUUUGCAUCACUUCAAGAAAUCGAUAUAAUCGGUUGUGAAAAAAUAAGAUCUCUUCCUCUAUACAUUCAUGACUCUCUUGGAAAUCUGGACGCACCCGUAUCACCAUCCAUGCUUGAGAGGGUAUACAUUUCUGGUUGUCGGCAACUCACAUCCAUAGCAGGGCUGCAUCAUCUCCACUCGCUUAAAGAUCUGAAGAUAUACAAUUGUCCUCAACUCCAGCUCUUAUCAGAGGAAGGACUGCCAUCCAAUCUUCAAGGUAUGCAUAUUGAGGAGUGCCGACUGUUGACAUCACUGUCGGGGAUGCAAAACAUUACUUCUCUUGGGGCAUUAACUAUAAGAAAUUGUCCUCAACUCCAACUCUUAUCAGAGGAAGGACUGCCAUCCAAUCUUCAAGGUCUGCAUAUUGAGGAGUGCCAGCAGUUGACAUCACUGUCAGGGAUGCAAAAUCUUACUUCUCUUAAAAAAUUAAUUAUAAAAAAUUGUCCUAAACUUCAUAUCAUGGCAGAAGAUCUGCUCUCAUUUGUGCCUUUUAGAGUGCAAAUUAUUAAUUGCCCUGGAUUGAGUAACUGGUGCCAAAUACAAAGAAUCAACUGCAUUCAGGUACCCUCCAUCCUAAAUUUGAAGUGCUCCAAUUGAUCACUUGAAGACUUACACUAUCGUACAUUCUCAGAUUGUUUGUUUUAAAUCUUCUGUAUGAAACUCAUGCACCAACAGAGUUCUCUGAUUCUUUUUUGCUUAUG